AUAAUUCAUUUUUUAUAUUUCAACACUGAACCAAAACAUAGAUUAGUUAAUUCUAACCAAAACGUAAAGCAAAAUGACUUCAAUAACGUCUUCUCUAGUUAUCCUUUUCUUCGCCCUGUGGCAUCUCUCUCUGCUGCCCCAAACAUUCCACCGGAAACAAUUCUUCGCCACUGCCGCCGCCGGAAGCGGAGGCAAAUGGGACCUACUCCUCCCCAGCACCGGGGUCUCCGCCAUGCACAUGCAGCUCCUCUACAACGACAAGGUCGUCAUGUUCGACCGCACCGAUUCCGGCCCCUCCAACAUAUCGUUGCCCGUCGACAAGUGCGGCGGGAAAGCCGUCCCCGACGACGACGAGGGGGACGACGGUGGUGGCGGCGGGGACGACCCAGUGGUGAUCGACAACUGCACCGCUCAUUCCGUUGAAUACGACGUUGCGUCCAACUCCGUCCGUCCCCUCGUCGUCCUCUCCAACCUCUGGUGCUCCUCUGGGUCAGUCUCCCCGUCUGGCGUCUUAGUCCAGACAGGGGGCUACGGGUCUGGAGAACGCGUCGUCAGGCUUUAUAAGCCGUGCAACGAUGCAAAGUGCGACUGGGAAGAAAUCCAUGACGGGUUGAAACAAAGGCGGUGGUACGCCACCGAUCAUGUUCUGCCAGAUAGCCGGCAAGUCAUAGUCGGUGGACGUCGCGCACCUACCUACGAGUUUUACCCGAAGACGGGGCCCGCUUCAGGUAACCUCUACAACCUGCCUUUUCUGGCACGGACAAACGACGCGGGAGCGGAGAACAAUCUUUACCCGUUUGUUUUCGUGAACGUGGACGGGAAUCUAUUCAUAUUCGCAAACAACCGGGCAAUCAUGUUCGACUAUAUUAAGAACCGGGUGGUCCGCGAGUACCCAGAAGUGCCCGGCGGUGACCCGAGGUGUUACCCAAGCUCCGGUUCUGCGGUCCUUCUACCACUUAAGAACUUGACCGGUCCAACCACUAGAGCUGAAGUGUUGGUUUGUGGUGGCUCGCCAAAGGGCGCGUUUCAAAGCGCCAGGCGUGGCAAAUUUGUUCGCGCGCUGGAUACUUGCGCUCGGAUCACUAUAACCGACCCGAACCCACAUUGGAUAAUCGAGGUGAUGCCAUUUCCACGUGUCAUGGGUGAUAUGGUGACGUUACCAAAUGCUGAGGUCUUGAUCAUCAAUGGGGCCGGGGCGGGCACUGCGGGUUGGGAAUUGGGUAGGAACCCGGUUUUGAACCCGGUCUUAUACCGACCCGAAAACCCAAUCGGGUCCCGAUUCGAACGACAAAACCCAACCAAAACGCCCAGGUUGUACCAUUCGACCGCCAUUCUAGUCCGCGACGGCCGGGUUCUUGUCGCCGGCAGUAACCCGAAUUCCAAAUACCAAUUCUCGAAAGUUCUGUUCCCGACGGAGCUAAGCCUGGAGGCCUUCUCUCCGUCGUAUCUGGAUCCGAGAUUCGACAACCUACGCCCGCGGAUCCUAUCGCCCGACCGGCGAUCCGAAUUGCGCUACGGAGAAUCCGUCUCGGUCCGGUUUGAGGUUCCCGGCGCGGUGGAGGCGAAUCUGGUCACCGUCACGAUGGUUUCGCCGUCAUUCAGCACGCACUCGUUUUCGAUGAAUCAAAGGUUGCUGGUUCUCAACGCCGGAAAAGCGGAACCCGCGGGCAAAAGAAUGUACCGUAUUGAUGCGGAGACACCGGGUUCGGGUCAACUAGCCCCGCCCGGAUACUAUCUCCUUUUCGUGGUUCAUCAAGGCAUCCCCAGUGAAGGCAUCUGGGUUCACAUCCAUUAAAUUAAUUAAUUAAUUAAUUAAUUGAUUAUUUAAUUAAAAUCAAAUUUCGGAAACAUCCAAGCAAAAAAUAAUGAAUAGUAUUCCGUGUU